AUGAAGAAAUUCCUAGAAUCAGGCAUCUUGGUCGAAGCCGAGGACUUUGACGACUACGGAGGCUGGGUCCUCGACGCACAGUUCGACCUGGAGAUGGGCUCGCCUUACCUGUUGGCGCACGGGAAUGGUCGACCGGUCGCGGACGCCACGACGACGAUCUCCGUCCCACACGCGGGCGAGUACAACGUCUGGGUGCGUGCCAAAGACUGGGUCCCCGGCCACCAUCCAGGCAGGUUCACGCUCGCGGUCAACGGGAGCACCGUGGACACCGUCUUCGGGGCGAACGAUCUCGACUGGUCCUGGCAAUUUGCGGGAAAGGUGAAACUUGCAGCGGGCGCAACGAGGCUGGCGCUCCACGACUUGACGGGAUUCUGCGGACGUUGUGAUGCCGUCUUCUUCAGUCGCGACGACAUCCCGCCGCCAGGGGCUGUUGACGAACAGACUCGCGCUUGGAGACGUCGGUUCCGUGGACUGCCACAGGAUCCGGUCGAUGGGGGCACCUUCGACGUCGUCGUGGUUGGGGGUGGUGUGCCUGGAGUGGCUGCUGCUCUGACGGUAGCCCGCUUCGGAGACCGUGUUGCGCUGGUCCAUGAUCGGCCUUAUCUUGGGGGCAACGCCAGCGUGGAAAUCGGACUUCGACCACGUGGAGUGACGGGCCUGCUGAUCGACGAGAUCUCAGAGCGCAAACCCGGCGGCGACAUCUGCGCCAGAGAUUUGCUCGAGGCGGAAGCGAACGCCACAGUCUUCCUGGAACACGCGGUCUACAACGUGGUGAAACGCGAAUCGACCAUCAUCUCCGUGGACGCCCGCCACGCCCGCAGUGGCCGCGAGGUGCGCUUGACGGCGCCGAUCUUCAUUGAUUGCUCCGGCAAAGCCAUCGUUGGACUGCUCUCCGGCGCAGAGACGCUCUUCGGGCAGGAAUCGCAGGCCGAGUAUGGCGAGAAGCUCGCCCCCGUGGAUGGCAACGCCAUGCACCACGGCAACACUGUGUUCUUCCGCACACGCAUGGCAGACGCGCCCUCAUCCUUCCCGCACGUCCCGUGGGCUACAGAGGUGGCCAAGGACUUCUCCAAUCUCGGCGGCCAGCUGACGAAGCCUGGCAUUGAAAACGGUCCAGGCCCUGCCAUCGCGCCGGCCAACCCUGCAUCCCAACCAAAAGUCCCCAGACGAAUGACGAGGCCAUUGACGCACUUUUGGGAGUACGGCCAGUGGCUCGACUCCUACACCCAGGGCGAGCAUAUCCGCGACUUCCUCCUGCGUGCCAUCUACGGCACCUUUUCUAACGUCAAGACAAAGGACCCCAAGACCUACGCCAACCUCGAGUUCGACUGGGUCGCCUAUGUCCCCGCGCAGGGCGAGUUCCGGAGGUACAAGGGAGACCACGUCCUCACGGAGAACGACAUUCGCAGCCACCGGCGAUUCCAUGAUGCCGUGGUGCAGAACGAGGGGGCGUUCUGCCUGCACUACCCCGGCGACGACAAAUACGAUUUCCGGCUCCGCUGGUGGGAAUGGGACGAGAGGGACGGGAAACCCUACGACAUUCCGUUCCGGUGCCUCUAUUCGACCAACGUCUCGAAUCUGAUGAUGGCAGGCAAACACAUGAGCGCCACGCAUGUCGCGUCGUCAAACACAAAGUUCAUGGGCAACGGGGGCCAGCAUGCCAUUGCGACGGCCGCGGCGGCACAUCUGUGUAAGAAAUACCACGCAACUCCUCGGGGCGUCUACACCAAUCACGUCCCAGAACUCCAGAAGUUGGCCGCGUCGAUAACUGGGACUGAUUGUUCUCGGGCACAGAGCCAUCUGUGA